AUGCCUUUCACUUCGCCGUUCAAGGACUUGGACAUUCCCACCAAUGUCGAUGUCUGGUCUCUUGUUUUUGACCGGAAAGAUGUCCCGUUCCCGACCUCCAAGAGGGUGAUGACCUGCGCCGAAAACACCAAGCUUUCGCAUACCUGGGACCAAAUAAAGACUGCCUCUAUCGACUUUGGCAAGGGCAUGAAGGAUAUGUGGAAAUGGAGGAAGGGUGAAGUUCUUGCCUUGUAUACGCCGAAUAGCAUUGAUACCCCCAUCGUCACUCUUGGCGCCAUCUGGGCCGGCGCCGUCGUCUCGCCCGCCAAUCCGCUCUACACCGUCGAAGAACUCACCUUCCAACUCAAAGACUCGGGCGCCAAGGCCAUCGUCACGCAAGCUCCCUUCCUCAAGACUGCCGUUGAAGCCGCGAAGAGGGCCGGCAUCCCUAACGACCGCAUCAUCCUGAUCGGCCAGCACAGCGACCCGUCCAAGCAAUUCAAGCACUUCCGCAACGUCAAGUGCGUCGACUUCCCCGCCCGCUUCAGGAAGGCCAACAUCAACCCGGAGAAGGAUCUCGUCUUUUUGGUGUACAGCUCCGGCACCACGGGCCUGCCCAAGGGCGUGUGCCUGACACAUCUGAACGUUGUGUCCAACGUCUUGCAGAGCGCGGAUGUUGAUGGGAGAUAUUGGUCUGCGACUGGCGGGUUGGAUGGUGAAGGUGAUAAGUUUUUGGGCGUGCUUCCGUUCUUCCAUAUCUAUGGUCUCACCUGCGCCCUCUUCAUGUGUCUCUACCUCGGCUGGGAGAUGUUCGUGGUCGAGCGCUUUGACCUCGAAAAGGCCCUACAGACGAUCCAAGACCAGCGCAUCACGGGCUUCUACGUUUCUCCUCCGGUCGUGUUGGCCUUCGGCAAAAGCCCACUGGUGGACAAGUACGAUCUCAGCACCCUCAAGGUCAUGCACUCGGGCGCCGCGCCCCUGACGAGCGAACUCACCGAGGCCGUGUGGCAACGUCUCAAAAUUCCGGUCAAGCAAGGCUACGGUCUGAGCGAGUCCAGUCCUGUGGUGACAUGCCAGACUGUGGAUGAGUGGGCCAAGUUCAUGGGUUCUUGCGGCAAGAUGAUGCCGAACAUGGAGGCGAAGCUGGUAGAUGAGGAAGGCAAGGAGGUUGCUGAUGGAGAGGUCGGCGAGUUGUGGAUCAAUGGACCUAAUGUAUUCAAGGGUUACUAUAAGAAUCCAGAGCGCACAAAGGAGGCCUUUUCGGAGGACGGCUACUUCAAGACCGGAGACAUGUUCCAUAUCGACAAGCACGGCAACAUGUACUGCGUGGACCGUCUCAAGGAGUUGAUCAAGUACAAGGGUUUCCCCGUCCCACCAGCAGAGCUUGAGGGUCUCAUCCUUGGCCAUAGCGAUGUAACGGACGUGUGCGUUAUCGGCGUCGAAGACCACAGCCAGGCUACCGAAGUACCUCGGGCGUAUGUCGUCCUUAGGCCAGGCGUUCAAGCCAGCGAUAGCAAGGCGCAGGAGAUCGUUGACUACGUGGCCAAGCAAGUUGCACCUCACAAGAAGCUUCGCGGAGGUGUUCGGUUUGUUGCAGAGGUGCCCAAGUCGCCUAGCGGAAAGAUCCUCCGGAGACUGUUGAGGGACAAAGUGAGGCAGGAGGAGCGUGCCGCGGGAUCAAAGCUUUAA